AUGGGCAAGAUACUAGCCAAGCUACCCUUUGCCAACGACAUACGAUAUUACCAGGACGACAUAUUUAUCUCUGCCACCAACACUAAACAACUAAGACAACGAUACCAAAAGACGAUAGACUACCUGAUCAAACGUAACUUCCAAGUUAAUAAACUCAAAUCUCAACUGAACUGUACAGAUCUACUAGGAUAUACACUAAACAACCACCAACUGUCGAUCCCAGACCAAAAAUGGAAACGGAUAGAAGAAUUGCUACACUCAAACAACCUAGAUCUAAUAAAAAGAGCUGCACAAACGCUUUCCUACUAUAAGCAUACCCUAACCGAUA